ACAAAAUUAAUAUUCCCAAGUGCUUUCCCCAAAACGUAUUUCCCCAGUAGAUGGCGGGCUAGGACUACGUGUAAACUCAUCUAUCUCUAUCAUAAUGCUCUCUUAAUUAUCUCCUCCCUACCUACACGGCCAAGGACAGAGUUAGACAGGUGGCUUUGGACACUGCACAUGCGCUUAACAGAACGGCUGCUGAUCCCUCAUUCCGCUUCCCAUUGGCUGACGCCCAAAUGUCUAAAAGUAGAGCUCGCGCCGUGCUCUUCUUACUCUGAGUUCCGUAAGCAGGUGGGAAUAAAUCCACCAACUUCCGGCAAUAAUCCCUCCCUCAGACAAAUUCUCACGACGCAUGCGCGUUAUUGGCCGUGAGGCGAAGCAGUUUAGUUUUUUCGUUAGCCGAUUCGAGCUUGAACGGGAACGCUCCCUCCCGCGCUCCUUUCCUCCUCCUCCCCCCCUUCCCGGCGAUGUGGCCUCGCUUGUCGGCACCGGUAGUAGCGGUCGUGGCACCGGGUCUUGCGUGGGGUUGAACGGCUAGCUCUGGCGCGCACCAAGAUGGCGUGUGUGCUGGAGACACCACUCCGCAUGAGUGUCCUGUCGGAAGUCACGGCUAGCAGUCGCCAUUAUGUUGACAGAUUAUUUGAUCCUGAUCCCCAGAAAGUUCUGCAAGGAGUCAUAGAUAUGAAAAAUGCUGUAAUUGGAAACAACAAACAAAAAGCCAACUUGAUUGUUUUGGGAGCAGUUCCAAGGUUGCUGUACUUGCUUCAGCAAGAGACCUCCAGCACAGAGUUGAAAACUGAAUGUGCAGUGGUGCUGGGAAGCCUUGCAAUGGGUACAGAAAAUAAUGUUAAAUCUCUUCUGGACUGCCAUAUCAUACCAGCCUUACUACAAGGAUUACUGUCACCAGAUCUUAAAUUUAUAGAAGCUUGCCUCAGGUGUCUUCGCACCAUUUUUACCAGCCCUGUAACUCCUGAAGAACUGUUGUACACGGAUGCUACAGUUAUUCCCCACCUCAUGGCACUGCUCAGUAGGUCUCGAUAUACUCAAGAAUACGUAUGCCAGAUCUUCUCACAUUGUUGCAAACUCCGACACUGGCAUAGCUGCGGCUUUAAAUCCUCGCCUCAGCCACUUCUAUGUGCCAAUGGUCCCGAUCAUCAGACAGUCCUAUUUAACCAUGGAGCAGUGCAAAAUAUUGCUCACCUGUUAACUUCUGCAUCUUAUAAAGUUCGAAUGCAGGCACUGAAAUGCUUCUUGGUUCUAGCCUUUGAAAACCCCCAGGUAUCAAUGACUCUUGUAAAUGUGUUGGUUGAUGGAGAAUUAUUACCACAGAUUUUUGUGAAGAUGUUACAAAGAGACAAGCCUAUUGAAAUGCAGCUCACAUCAGCCAAAUGCCUUACUUACAUGUGCAGAGCUGGAGCAAUCCGCACUGAUGAUACCUGCAUUGUAUUAAAGACACUACCAUGUUUGGUACGGAUGUGUUGUAAAGAGAGGCUUUUGGAAGAAAGAGUAGAUGGAGCAGAAACUCUUGCCUAUUUGAUUGAAACAGAUGUCGAACUACAAAGAAUUGCCAGUAUUACUGAUCACCUUAUUGCAAUGCUUGCAGACUACUUCAAGUACCCCAGUUCAGUGAGUGCCAUCACUGAUAUAAAAAGGCUUGACCAUGACCUAAAGCAUGCACAUGAAUUGCGCCAGGCUGCAUUCAAGUUGUAUGCUGCACUUGGAGCUAAUGAUGAAGACAUACGAAAGAAGAUAAUUGAAACUGAAAAUAUGAUGGAUCGGGUUGUGAAUGGCUUGUCUGAAUCUAGCAUCAAGGUGCGCUUAGCUGCUGUCAGAUGUUUGCACAGUUUGUCACGAUCUGUGCAGCAGCUUCGAACAAGUUUCCAAGACCAUGCUGUAUGGAAACCCUUAAUGAAGGUUUUACAGAAUGCUCCAGAUGAAAUUCUAGUGGUAGCAUCUUCAACUCUAUGCAAUCUUCUCUUAGAAUUUUCUCCAAGCAAAGAGCCUAUUUUGGAAUCAGGAGCCAUAGAACUCCUCUGUAGUUUAACCCAAAGUGACAAUCUUGCCUUGCGAGUGAACGGAGUUUGGGCUUUAAUGAAUAUGGCAUUUCAAGCGGAACAAAAGAUCAAAGCAGAUAUUUUACGAGGCUUGAGUACAGAGCAACUAUUCCAAUUAUUGUCAGAUUCUGAUGUAAAUGUACUAAUGAAGACAUUGGGACUACUUAGAAACCUGUUGUCUACUCGUCCACAUAUAGAUCAGAUCAUAAGUACUCAUGGCAAACAAAUCAUGCAAGCAGUGACCCUCAUUUUGGAAGGAGAGCACAAUGUAGAGGUCAAAGAACAGACAUUAUGUAUACUUGCCAACAUAGCAGAUGGAACAACAGCAAAAGAAUUAAUUAUGACAAAUGAUGACAUCUUGCAAAAAAUUAAGUAUUACAUGAGUCACUCGAAUGCUAAACUUCAGCUUGCUGCCAUGUUUUGUGUAUCUAAUCUUAUAUGGAAUGAAGAAGAAGGUUCCCAAGAACGUCAGGAUAAACUCAGAGAUAUUGGAAUAGUAGAUAUUCUACACAAAUUGAGUCAGUCAUCAGAUCCAAAUCUUUGUGACAAGGCGAAGACAGCACUCCAGCAGUAUCUUGCAUGAUCAAAGACAAGCUGAACUUUUGUACUACUCUCGAAGCUAUAUUAUAAGGAAUAAUGGGAAAUAGCCGCACCUAAUUCCUUAUCUUUUGCACAAGGCACCUUGGGCUGCAUUUCUCUCAGGUGCAGGGAGCUGCUUGGCAGGAGCAGUUUAAGUGAUCAGGUCUCCAAUGCACUUGAGGACUUUAUUGAGGUAGUUCCUUUACUCAGAGGACUAUUCUGGGAUUUUUUUCCCCCUGAGCUACCUGGACUCUAAUAGAACAAUCAAAUAAUCUUUUUUUCCCCUUUGGGUCUACAGUUUUCUGCUUAUAUUGCAGCCUUGGUACGGCUGUGUCUGGGUGGGUGUGAUACCUCAGAGCUUUGUUUUCCUCUCUUUGUGUUUUUUCUACAGAUUUUCAAGCGUUAACCAUUCUUCGCUGUAUGAAAUCUUUAAAGAAUUAUAUACAAUUUGAAUUGAAACGUUAUUUAAAAAGUUUUGUCCCAUGAAGUUUAUUUUGAACAGAUGAAUGUUUUUAAGUAAAAUAUAUGCAUUUGUUAACCUCACUUUAAUGUACCUAUAUUUCCUCUUUCGAAACAAAAUGAGGUGAGAUCUAGAUAACUGGUAGCACAUGUAAUACGACUAAAGUUAGCCUCUUACUGCCAUGUGUUGCAAGCUCCAGCUCCCUGGACUUGGGACAACAGAAUUCAGAGAGCCCAAGGUGGAGCCUUUUUCACUUAAGUACAUUGGAAGGUUGAACUUGCGAAUAAUCAUACCUGGUGGGUUUAUCUUAUGCCAGCAAGAAAAAAUAUAGUUCCCCGUGCCAGUGCCACUGCUGCCUCAGAAACUACACUUGGUAUAAAACUCUGCAUCCUUAGAUGUCUGGGACCUGUGAUGUAUGGAUUGUAGUGAAAAACACUGGCUGCAGUUUUUUGGAACUGCAUGGUGGUAGAAAAGAAGACUAAGGAAGCCCUGUCAAAGAAUAGGCUAUAAAUGAGUCCUUGCUUUUUGUUUUGUUUUUGUAGGAUUCCAAACAUGAAUGAUGACAGUGGGUUUUGAUUCUACAAACCACUUGCUCUCUGUCUCACACCUUCUGGUUCAUCAAGUGGGCUCUCUGUGGCAUGUGCCUACAGGUCUUUGUGUGAAAGGACAAGAACCCCAGUCAGAGGCAGUGUGUCACGUUUCACUCAUCAGUCAUCCAUAGACUGUUUAUAUAAUUAAGCACUCACAUACUUAGUCACAUCUCAUCAAUUAUGUUAAGAUGAAAGUUAGAAUUGGGCCUUUGAUGAGAAAUAUUAAUGAGCUGCAAAACAAAAAAGAAGAGUUUUAUAUAUAAGUUUUUUUUUGUUUUACUCUGAAAGGCAAGUAAUACUGAUUCAGGGAUAGUAAAAAGUGAUGUCAUUUCUCAGUGUCAUUGCUACACGCUUGUUGGGGUUGGACUUCUGUAGGUCAGCACAGUGUGUGCCCACCUGCUAACCUAGUACCUCAGAAAUAAAGCCUUAUUUAAAUCAUUUAAAGUGAUUGUAGCCUUAAUAAUACUGAGAAAAAUCACUUGUCAGAUUUGUCCAAAUCCACUCCCCAGUGCAAGGGGUGGGAAGAGGGGAAGAGUCCCUCAGCCUGGCUGCUGCUUUUGCACUCUGGAUUAUUAUUACACAUGCACUUCUGAUGUUGUUGUGAUGCCUACAUCAGCCAUAUGCAUAUCCAUUUACUUUAAAAUAUAGAUAUGCCUAAAACUGUGUUGAAUACAGCUGAGAUGUGCAAAUUUUCAUCUUCACACUUGGAGGUCAUUUUUUAAUAGCAUGACCCUCAAUGUAAAGGCGGAUAGAAACUAUGCUAAGACAAUCUGGGUAAUGCUUGGGAAACUGGUUGGUGAAAUAUUAGGAUGAUAGCUGAUUAUUGAAGUGACAUUUUGCACUCAGUGAAGCUUUGUGAAUACUUUUUGAUGUUGCUAUAAAUAUGUACAAAUAGAAAGCACUGUAAAUAAAAAGAUGAGCUUUUUUCUGGAGAACAUAUUUGAAAUGGCUU